AUGGCCAUGGACUCUGGGACUAAGCCAGGCAGCCACAGCCUCGCCUGGGCAGCUUCAGGUGGCAUCGAUCGUGGGGUGAUGUCGGCCGGGCACCUACUGGCUCAGACCUCUGCGCAGAGAGGGGUGCGCACGGCCUCAAAGCGAAAUUCUACAAAUGUGUUAAAUGCUCACAAAUUUCAGUCUUAUGUAGACAGAGGGGCGGGUGUCGCGAGACUGACGAGUGGGCGGCGCAAAUGGUCGAGGCGUCCACUCGCCAUUUUGUGUGAGGGACGCCGACGCUGCGCCCAGCUGGCCUGGUCUCUACCCAGUGCAGCCCUGGCCGCCACCAACGUGAGCCUCCUGGAAAGUCCUCGCAGCCCGCCUACUCUCGGCCGUGUCCUGGAAGACCCGCACCAGGGCCGGCGGUCCGGAGACGAGAGUGAGGCGAAGCAGGUAAUGGCGGAGACACUGGAGAGCCGCUCGGAGCCAAUUUUGCUCCCACCGCCAGGGCUUCCAGAGGAAUGGGUGGCGCCCCAGGAUCCCACAGAUGGUGGCGAUACUCUCCACGUCUUGGUCGAUGGGGGUCGCGGUCAUGGAGCCAUCGACGCGGAGGGCGGGAAAACGGCCUCUGCCUCCGUGGCCGCUGACGGCAUCCUCAGAGCUGGCUCUCGGGGGGAAGAGAGGCGCGGCCCCGGCGGGGAGAAGGCGCCAGAACCCUGGGGCACAGGGAGGCCGGGGUCCGAAGGGACUGCAGUGGGGAAGCCCGAGGACCUGAAGCCUGAAGAGUGGGCCUUGCUCUCCGCCGCGGGGGUCGAGAAGCCCGGAGGCACAGAAAUGGACGUGGCGGGAGCAAACAGCGCGGCGGAUGAGGUGGCCGUGGAGGCAGGGCCUGCGCCCCGCAGCCUGGAUCUCCGCCUGAACCCCCUGCAGGCCGUCCACCUGGAACUGGCCUCCGUGAAUGCCGAGGCCGACAGGGCCCUGCUGCGGCUGGGGCGCAGGUUUGGGCCGAUACACGAGUACUACCUGGAGCGGAGGAAUGACGUGAUCCGCAGCAUCCCGGGCUUCUGGCUCACUGCCUUCCGCAACCACCCACUGCUGUCUGCCGUGAUCAGAGGCCAAGAUGCAGCGAUGCUGAGCUACUUAACCGACCUGGAAGUGAAGGAGCUCAGACACCCUAGGACCGGGUGCAAGUUCAAGUUCUUCUUUCGAAGAAACCCUUACUUCAGAAACAAGCUGAUUGUCAAGGCGUAUGAGGUCAUAGCCUACGGCCAAGUGGUGUCUUUUUCCACUCUAGUUACGUGGCGCCGGGGCCAUGGACCGCAGUCCUUCAUUCAUAGGAACCGACAUGUCAUCUGCACCUUCUUCACUUGGUUUUCAGACCACUGCCUUCCAGAGUCUGACAGGAUUGCUCACAUUAUUAAAGAGGACAUCUGGCCGAAUCCACUGCAGUACUACUUGUUGCGUGAAGGCGCCCAGAGAGCUAGACGUCGCCCGGUAAGGGAGCCAGUGGAGAUCCCGAGGCCCUUUGCGUUCCAGUCUGGUUAACCCUGGCCUUUGGAACUGCUCCCGCAGAAGGCCUCCUGCCACCACCUGCUGGACCUGUGCUUGGGCAACAGUAUUAGGUAUGCCCUUUCCUCUUUUUGUUCUGACUUUUCUGUACUCUCUGUCUAAACUUUCCGUUCUCUCACCCUGAAGAUUGAGACCUUGGUGGCUCUGCUGCUCCCCUUUCGCCUGGUCGUCUUGCUGUUCUGCGUUAACAUCACAGGCUCCCAGCCGAUGAGUCACAUCCUUCUAAGUGAAUGAUGCUGUAGACUGCACUGUCUUUACCUUUGUUUGGACACUGUUUGUUCCCGGGACCUCUGGUCUGGCUCCUCCUACCUGGAUUUCUAGCUGUGUCUAAGAACCUAUUCUGCUCACCCUGUUCUACAUCUGACAAUACAGGCGGCCUGUGGACAACUGCUAGGCAUUGAUGAAGUCAAGGAAGAACAGCAGGGGGCAGCUUGGUCUGCGUGAAUUAUGGGACUCCCCAUUACUUUUCCUGAGACUCUGGUCACUGAUUGCUGCCUGCUACUGGCUAUGCCCACCACCUUGGGCAGCUCCCUGCUGAGUGAACAUAUUCCAGACCAUUGCCAGCUCCACUCUCUGGUUUCUAAUAAACAGGAUCUCCAGAACACUGGUGGUGGAUACAGGUUUCCUGUCAACACACAAAAGACCCGUUCCUCUACCAAAAGAUCUCUGAAUUCUUCACCACCAUCACUCUUGUCACCCAGAAAUCCUACUGUCAAACAAGUGGUUGAGGGGACAUGAUAGACCCUAUCCUCAUGGCAAGGGUAAUAUCUUGACAAGUACCAGGCUUUCUCAGCCACCAUCAGUGGCUUCAUUAAAAUCUAGGUACCUUUAUUUGCCUCCCUUCCUGUACCUAAUGAAGUGCCAGAGUGGGUGUACACUUUCUUUUCUCUCAUCUAUCUCUUCUGUCUUUUUUUUUUUUUUAAAGUGGUAAUUAUGAACUAUCCACAGAAGCAGGCCUUUUAGUUUCUUGGCUCUUUUUGUCAUGUCCAGGGGCAGGCUUUUCUGUAAAAUACACUGCCAGAUCUCUUAUUGCCCACUCUUUCUUUUCAGCCCCUCAUCCCUCCUUAGCAAUUCCUACAGGGUUUAAAGGAAUACAGAGCUGGAUGGA